UCUGUCUGCGGCUCUUCUCCAGCAUCCACCCCUUCACCAAACCUACCGCUUCGAUCUAUCGAUCGGUCAUAAAACCGCCGACGAUAUGGCUUUGGCUCGCCGGAGUUCCAAUCUGCUCAAGCCCCUCUCCACCGCCUCCUCCUCGUCUUUCCUCAAUCGGCGUCCCUUCUCCACCGAUGACUCAACCACCAUCACUGUUGAAACAAGCGUGCCCUUCACCGGCCACAACUGCGAACCGCCGUCUCGAUCCAUUGAUACUACUCCGAAAGAACUCAUGACUUUCUUUACCGAUAUGGCACUUAUGCGCCGUAUGGAGAUCGCCGCCGACUCUCUCUACAAAUCCAAGUUAAUCCGAGGGUUUUGUCAUCUUUAUGAUGGACAAGAGGCUGUCAGCAUAGGGAUGGAGGCCGCAAUUACGAAGAAGGACUGCAUAAUCACCGCCUAUCGCGAUCAUUGUAUCUUUCUAGGGCGCGGCGGGACGCUAUUGGAGAGUUUUUCUGAGCUUAUGGGUCGACAAGCGGGUUGCUCCAGGGGGAAAGGAGGCUCGAUGCAUUUUUAUAAGAAAGAUGCUUGUUUUUUCGGAGGCCAUGGGAUUGUUGGAGCUCAGGUUCCGUUAGGGUGUGGAUUGGCGUUUGCUCAGAAGUACAGGAAGGAAGAUCAUGUCACUUUUACCAUGUAUGGUGAUGGUGCUGCGAAUCAAGGACAGCUUUUUGAAGCGCUUAAUAUGGCUGCUCUCUGGGACUUGCCUGCUAUUUUGGUUUGCGAGAACAAUCACUAUGGUAUGGGUACAGCCGAAUGGAGAGCUGCAAAGAGUCCUGCCUAUUACAAGCGAGGAGAUUAUGUUCCAGGAUUGAAGGUAGAUGGUAUGGAUGCAUUUGCUGUCAAACAAGCUUGCAAAUUUGCAAAGGAACAUGCUUUAAAGAAUGGACCUAUUAUUCUGGAAAUGGACACCUACAGGUACCAUGGUCACUCUAUGUCUGAUCCUGGUAGCACCUACCGUACCCGUGAUGAGAUUAGUGGUGUCAGACAGGAACGUGAUCCCAUUGAAAGGAUAAGGAAGUUGAUACUGGCUCAUGAUAUAGCUACUGAAAAAGAGCUGAAGGAUAUAGAGAAACUAGCCAGAAAAGAAGUUGAUGAAGCCAUUGCCAAGGCAAAGGAAAGCCCAAUGCCAGAUGAUCCUGAGCUCUUCACCAAUGUUUACCGUAAAGGAUUUGGGGUCGAGUCUUUUGGAACAGACAGGAAAGAAGUGAGAGCUACACUUCCCUGAUUGCGAAAAUGAAAUUACAAAAAUCAACGGCAUUCCGCUCUGCUCUCUCCAGUACCAAACAAGAAUAACGAGAACAGAUAGAACGAAUGAAUAACUCAUAUUACCGGUGUUUUGCUUUACUUUGUGUUUGUUUUGUUCUUGUGUUCAUGGCAAAGAAAAGAAAAAAAACAAAGUUUUGACACAUGAUUCUUUGGGGCUAGUAUCAGAUGCUGCUGCCUUUGUGGUCCUGGAGGUGCAUAUACUGGGACGUGUAACACAUUGUUUCUGUUAAAGCUGCUGCUUUCUAUCUCUUCU